AUGGAGCCCAAGCCCGUCGCUCAGGAGACCAUUCUGGGCUCCGAUAUACCACACGAGAAGACUGAGGUGUACCAUAUUGAGGCGGCUGAGUAUGAGCUCAACCGUAUCGAUCUCAGUGCUCUAGCUAGCCACUCCUUUUCUUGGAGGACCAAGGCCAUCUGGCGCCUGGCGGUCGUUAUUUUACUCCAGGGUCUUAGCGUUGCCGCGUUUGCUAUGGAUGGCUCCAUUAUCGGAAGCAUGGCCUCGCUCCCCGCCCUUCGAGAGUACUUCAACGUCGGUACCAGUGGCUCAGGAAUUGCUAUCAUCAUAGCAGGCAUGUCUAUCGGAAACGCAGUGGCGAGUAUCUUCCAGUGGAUUUCUGAUCUCAUCGGUCGCCGCGGUGUUACUUGUCUCGGCAACUCCAUCAUUGUCAUCGGCUGUGUGAUACAAGCAGCUGCACCAAACAAUAUCAGUAUGAUCCUGGGCCGCGUCAUUGGAGGAGCGGGCUGCUCUCUAAGCGCAACUGUCGGCCCAAUGUACAUAAGUGAGAUUGCACCCGCCUCUCAUCGCGGCAUGGCAGUGGGGAUGUUCUGUUCGUGCUAUAGCAUCGGUGCUAUUGCCAUCGCCUGCGUGAUUCUAGGAGGCUCUUACAUGACGGGAGACUGGAGCUGGCGGAUGCCCAUGAUAGUUCAGAUCAUUCCGCCUUUAACCGUGGCUCUCUUAGUCUAUCCCCUAACCCCGGAAUCACCAAGAUACUUGGUUUACAAAGGACAGAUUAAUAACGCCAAGAAAGUUAUUGCUCUGUACCAUACAAGUAGUGAGAACAUCGAAGAUCCCAUCGUCACCGCGGAGGUCGAGCAGAUCCAGCGCUCUAUUGAGUCUGUUGACUCAAAACCAUGGGACUUUAGUACACUUUGGAAAAUGAAGAGUGCUAGGUAUCGCCUUCUGCUCAUCUUCAUGUUUGCCUUUAUCCAGCAAUGCAAUGGAACUGGAAUGUUGGGCUAUUAUCUACCUGGGAUUCUGACCCUUGUUGGGAUUACAAACAGUCAACAACAGUUAGCUAUCAACCUAGGUAUGACAGUUGCCUCAUAUCUAUCCACUCUUGCGGGAGCCCUGAUCAUCGAUCGCGUCACUCGGCGAUUCCUCCUCGCAAGUACAUUGGUCGUCUUCAUCUUUUUUCUGUCUCUCAUGUCUGUCACCGGUGGACUCUUUGACAACGGCAUCGCCAAGGAUGCCAUGGGCAUUCUGACCAUAGUGGCUAUUUACUUGUUCCAGAUUUCCAAUGGCCUUCUCUCGUCAACCCUUCACAACGUUUACCCGACGGAGGUUCUCCACUAUAGCCAGCGUGCCAAGGGCAUGGGGCUGUAUUCAUUUUUCCAGAAUUGCUUGGGCUUUGCCAUGACAUAUGGUGUAGGCGAACUGCUCGCAAAAAUCGGGUGGAAGACUUAUUUCAUGUUCAUUGCCAUUGACUCGGCUUUCCUUUAUCUCACUUGGCAGUUUUUCCCAGAGUUCCGUUUUCUCUCUUUGGAGGAGAUCGAUUACGUUUUUGAGACGCCCGGGGUCCAUCCAGUUAAGAUGUCCAAGCGGCUCCAGAAGGCAAAGCUGUUGAAAAGGAGAGAGACGACAGGAUGA